AUGGACUAUAUGCAGCCAUUAGACCCUGAAGCUCUCCCAGAGAUGGAACCCCAGGUACCUGAGCCUGGUUACGAGAGGUUAGAUGAGUACAGUGAGGAAGAUGAUGAAGGGGGACAAGGAGUGGACCUCAUCUCCAGGGAAGAGUUCGAUGCUGCUCAAGCUGACGCUCGUGAGUUGCGCCCCCGGCUCAUGGAAGCUGAAAACGAGAACCGUCGCCUAUCGCACGGUGUUGCUAACCAUAUGAGCGAGGACGAUCCCGAUGAUGCGAGCAACCGUGGCAACUCCUCAGGUGCUGUUGAUGCCCACGGUAUGCCAGCGGCUGGAAAUGGUGCUACAGCGGCUGGGAAUGGUGCUACAGCGGCUGGGAAUGGUGCUACAGCGGCUGGGAAUGGUGCUACAGCGGCUGGGGAUGGUGCUACAGCGGCUGGGAAUGGUGCGCCAGCGGGACGCUCGAGCGCUCCUACUCCGAAUGGUAUGGCUAGAAAUACGCUCCAGGCAUCGUUCCCGAGAACUCUACUCGUGGAACCGAAUCGAGUGGCUAUCAUCAAUGCGUGCAUUACAUCUUAA